UAUCGGACGCUGAGUCACACGCGACUGUCCACGCAGCUAAGCAACACGCUUCUGGCUGUGAUUCCCGCUGUGAUUCCCACUUCAACUAUUGUCUGUUUGACAUUUUGCAAAAUGGCCCGUCACUCGACUAGCGCAGUGCGCCCCAGCACAUCCCGCCAACCAAGCACCCCACCACCUCCACCAACCCCACCAUCACCAGCCCUCUUUUCUCCCACCCCAAUCCUCCACGACCCAUACGAAACAGACAUUGAAGACCUCACGACAGCAGCACUCGAAAAAACAGACGCAUUUUUCCGGGAAUUCAAGCUUUUUGUAUUGCAGAAUCGGGUCUUGGAGACGGGUGUGGGUGUUAUUGUUGGUCAGGCAUUCCAAGAUUUUGUGCGUAGUUUUGUCAACGAUGUCAUGGUACCCCCUCUUACACUCGUCACCGGCCACCGCCUCAUCAACAUCUUUUUUGUUCUCCGCCGAGGCAAAACCGGCCGUCGUCCCAAAACGAUUGAAGAAGCCGCGACCGAUGGAGCCGUGACAGUCAACCUAGGCCGAUUCAUUCAUCAGACACUCAAUUUUUUUACGGUUGGGAUGGCGGUGUAUUGGUUUUUGAGGGGGUUGAGAUGGUAUUUUCGGUUACGAGUUCAGUUGCCGGAUACGAAAAAGUGUCCGUUUUGUUUGCAGGAUGUUGCCUUGUUGGCUUCUAGGUGUUGCUUUUGUACUUCGAUGCUCUCGGAAUCUCAUGCACCCCCAACUGAAUAAACAAAUGUAACCAAGGAAAUAUAAAACAUUUUUGCCUGGCGGUCGUGACUAGCAGAGAUUUUUGCAAUGCCGCCAUAUCUGCCUCUCUCUCUGAUCGAGUUGACAAAAGAUUUGAGAGACAAAAGUGGGUUUCAGAUCAUAAUUUUGAUUCUUGAUAAGAGCUGUCUAGAAUGGUAGAGAGUUGGGCAGAGUGCAAAUGCAUCAACGAUAGAGCUCCCUCUCUCCAUUGCCCAUUGCUGAAAUGGUCAGUCUCUCCAAUUGUAUAUCUCCACGACGAGCGUUAGCCCUCGACCCAAAUGCUAAACACGCAACGCUAAAUCCGAGCGCUCAAUUUCAAACCCGAAAUCAACCCGAACCACAAGAUUGAAGAGAACACUCUGCCCCCGCUCUCCAGUCCGCCUGUCCGAUAGUUUAAAGGCACAGUCAUGAAAUAAUACGAGUAUGGCUGCUCCCACGUGACCAAAUGACGGCAAAUUGCGCAGAUCAGUGGUUUGUGUGAUGAGAGACAGAAGGGUUAAAAAAGGGAUAAAUUUGAGGAGUGAAAAAUGUUUUAAAAACAGC